AUGGGUCACCUCUUGAGAAGCGCCUACAUCAUCGGUGUUGGAGGGAAGGAAGACGAAGGGAUGUCGCUCGACGAAGGCAGACAGUCCCAGCGGCCAUACCGCUACGGCAUGGUGCUGCUGUGCGCGGGCGCACUUAUCAACUGGCUGGGGCUGGCUGAGGACUACGCGGAGCCGGUGCGCUAUGUGGGUGUGGCUUGCAUCGUUGCCGGCGCAUUGCUUAUUUGUGCUGCCAUGUGCUGCUGGCUGCAGUCGCCUGCGCGUCAACCACAGAAUGAUCGCGCUUCGCCUGACACUCACCAGAUUGACGAUCCCGUCCACGUGAUUUCGAUGCCGGACGAAGAAACAAUGCAGCAAAAACCCCCCGAUUACGAAACAGUGGCGGGAGCGCCGCCAACUUAUGACGAUGCUAUUAAGCUAAAUCCGGCGAGGUUGCUUCCCGCCACAAGCAGCACGCGUCUAGAACCCUCCACAGCGUCAUCCGAGGCACCCAUUAUCCCUGGACAAUUGGAUGAAGCCUCCGUUCAUACAACAAAUAUCCCUUCCGUACAUAUCCCACAGAAUAAUCCUCAAGCCCAAGUGCCGAAAACCCCACCUCCACCAUAUAGGCCAACGCACGCCAUAAGGUGA